UCCUUGUAAACACCGAAACCCACCUUCUCAUUUUCAUUCAUCUACUCACUUUUUUUUUUUCUUUUCUUAAUCAUCUUCACUAUGUCUUCAAUAUUGAGUUCUCAAGGAGUAGUUUUAGCCACCGCCAUGGCUGCUGUUUCCGGUACUGUAAUUCUUCUGGCUUUUCGCCUUCAGAAAUCGUCCCCAACAACCCAAUUUUCCAUUGAUCGGAUUCCUCAUGACUCCCCACAAGUACAAGUUCUACGAUCUUGUAUUUCUUCUGAGGGGAAAAAGAGAGAAAAGAAGAAGAAGAAGAGGGUGCACUUUGCAGAAGAUGUUGUGGAUCCAAGAGGGAAUGGAAAAGAGUUCAGGAAGCAACAUAGUGUUAUAAGAAAAGUUUCUUUGUCUUCGUCUUCGUCUUCGUCUCCAUCAGAGUUCAAGAGGAGUGGAGGAAUGCCUGCAAAUAGGGUGGCUCUGUACAAUGGAAUACUGAGAGAUCGUCGUUGUGUUCAACGAUUGGGUUGCUCCUAUUGAUUGAUCAAAUUCAUGUAGACUAUUUGUAUAAUUCUUCAGUUAGUCAAGGCCUUUCUCUAAUUGUAGCCCAUUUUUGUAAAUAUAUCUUUGGAAUUGGAGAAGGUGAUGGACCCACAAGCUGGGUGUUAUUUGCAGAAAUUACCGAGUGGAUCCACCCUCUCGAACUAGGAACUUGUCAGUAUAAUCUUCUUAGAUUUUUUUUCUUUUUCUUUUUAGGGGCUCGUAAACUAAAAUUGAAAGAAUAUUUUCUUCAUUUUAGUUUUUACCACUUUGGCCAUGUUGUAUACCAAUCAAUUUCAUGGUUAGCACUUAGAAAAGAAGUGUAGAGGCUAAUUAGAGUUAACGACUUUUUCUCAUCCAAAUUAUGGCUUAAUGACAUUUUGUCACAUACAGCCUUGUAAAAUAUCAUUCACGGACAAUAAAUUUGAUCCAAGCUGUUGGGGUUUUUAAAAA